UGGGAGCUCAACCACGACUAUGGCGGACUUUGCCAACUGGCUGUACCCGCCGGAGGGAUGGCCGCAGGGGCAGCAGGUCCUUGGAGCACCGCAGGCGCAGUGGCAAGGUGACUGGAUGCCUCCUGUGAAUGGUUGGCAGCAGCAAUCCUUUGAGAGCUGGCAGCAGCCACCUCCAGCACAUCAUUUUGACAGUGGCGAUUGGCAACCAAGCUUUGGUUUUGGUGCUCCGCAUGCGAGUGGACCCAGCGAGCCCGCUUUCGACGCCCGCGCCGCACCUGCCCCAGCGCCCCCAGCGCCAACGCCCCCAGGGGCGGUGCCAGUGGUGCCGCCGCAGCGCUUCCUGCCGGGGACGCGAAAGAGGAAGCUGUGCGUCCAUCACGCCAACGGCAACUGUCGCUAUGGUGCAGAAUGCAAUUUUGCGCAUGGCGUAGAAGACUUGGCCGAAGACUGCCAGGAAGCGGUGACCCAAAAACCCAAGACCGAGAGGAUGGAUUUUUCUGGCCUGGAGGCAGGUCGACUGACCAAGAACCUCACGGUCCCACAAGAUCAGGUGGACUCGGUGCUCACGGCGGCAACAAGGGCGUUGUUGGUCGAAGUCACCGGCGCCGAGAUCGAAGUGCUGAAGGUGAAGCGCGCCCUCGAAGUCACCGGCACCGCAGCGCAGUUGGAGAAGGCCGAGAAGGCCCUUCAGCGAGUGGUGGCUCACUGCAACUGGGGUGCGAAUGAUGCUAAGAUCAGAAGUAUUUUGCGGCCUCGCGUGGACUACAAGUCCGCCCGUGUGCGAUUGGCCUCCAUGGCCCCUGGCCUUAAGGAUUUCAAUCGGACCCUCACGGCCGACAAGGCCACGUUCUCGAUUGGCACCGAUGCCACCUGCGCACUGAAGGUCAAGGGACCUUUGGUCUCCAGAUCCCAUGCAGUGGUGGAGUUUCAGCCAGAGAAGGGCUCAGUGUAUAUCGUUGACACCUCGACGAAUGGCACCUUCCUGAACGGCAAGCGCUUGCCCCCUAAAGCCAGUGCCAAAGUGAUGCUGUCGCAUGGCGAUGAGCUGCUGUUGCAGGAUCCCACUCACGCUGCGGAGUUUGGGUACAUGGUGAACGUGGAGUUGAGCUAAUACUGUGAGAUUGCGAGCUCCAGAAGGCGUACUAAAACAAUGCGAAAA